GUGGGGAGGGAUGUGUCGGGGCCUCGGCACGGGUAGGGAUGUACCUGGGGUGUAUCUGCCUCCUCAGUGUCAAUGCCUGUGUGGAUGUGGUGCUGUCCGGCGUGAAGCUGCUGGAGGCGCUGGGUCUGGAACCAGCCGAUGGGAAGGACCACGCGGUGCUGAGCUCCGGGCAGGACCUGGGCGAGGCCUUCAGCCACUUCAUGCGGCGAGGGGCGGCCGCCGAGCGGUUCUUCAGCGACGCCGCGGCGUUCCAGGACAUCGCGCGGACGGCCUCGGAGCACCCAGCGGCACAGCUCUACGUGGGAGGAAAUGCUGCUCUCAUCGGGCAGAAGCUCGCCACGAAUCCAGACCUGAAGAUCCUCCUUUGUGGCCCAGUUGGCCCCAGACUCCAUGAACUGCUCGAUGACAACGUAGUUGUGCCACCUGAAUCCAUGCAGGAAAGAGAUGAAUUCCAUCUUAUCUUGGAGUAUCAAGCAGGUGAGGAGUGGGGCCACGUGAGAGCACCCACUGCCAACCGCUUCAUCUUCUCCCACGACCUUUCCAACGGUGCCCUCAACAUGCUGGAAGUGUUUGUGUCCAGCCUGGAUGAAUUCCAGCCGGACCUUGUGGUGCUUUCAGGACUCCACAUGAUGGAAGGGCAGAGCAAGGAGGCGCGACAGAGACGGCUGAUGGAGGCUGUGGCCUCCAUCUCCGAUAUCCCGACUGACAUUCCCAUUCACCUGGAGCUGGCCAGUAUGACGGAUCAGGAUUUUAUGAGCAACAUUAUGCAUCAGCAGGUCUUUCCCCUGGUGAACUCCAUCGGGCUGAACGAGCAGGAGCUGCUGUUCCUCACCCAGGCUGCCUCCGGCCCCCACGCCUCCCUGGGCUCCUGGAGCGGGAUUCCCGACGUGGGGGUGGUCAGCGACAUCCUCUUCUGGAUCCUGAAGGAGCACGGGAGGGCGGCGGAGCGGGCGUCCGACCUCACGCGGAUCCACUUCCACACCCUGGCCUACCACAUCCUGGCCACCGUGGACGGGCACUGGGGCAACCAGGCGGCGGCAGUGGCGGCCGGGGCCAGGGCUGCCGGCACCCAGGCCUGCGCCACCGACACCAUCGACACCAGCAGGGUCCUGCUCAAGGCCCCCCGCGAGUUCCUCACCUCCCACACGGAGGCUCCUGCCAAGAUCUCCCUGAACCCGGACGAGCCCGUGGUGCACUGGCACAGGGAAGGCAUCUCCUUCCACUUCUCCCCCGUGCUGGUGUGCAAGGACCCCGUGCGGACCGUGGGGCUGGGGGACGCCAUCUCAGCCGAGGGACUGCUCUACUCCGAGGCGUAUCCGCAGUAGGACACCGGGAGCUUCUCCUUCUGCGGCGCUGCACGGCGGCCGAGACCCGUGGGUUGGGGUUUGAGGCAGUGGUGGCAUAGGAACAGAAUCAGGGUGUGGUGUGUUUGCCGGGUAUAACUGAAAAAGAGCCAAAGAAUAAUUCCAGGUAUAAACUGUUGGCACAUUCCGGUCACUGGGCAGUGACUCGAACACUUCACAUGCGGGUGCAGAUGUUUCAGUAUUUAAUGUGAAAAUUGGCUUUGUCCUGAGCAGGGGGGAGGGACACAAAGACCAAAAUCCCUGGCUGGUGCAGGUUUGCUGUACGUAGCUCAGAAUGGAUCUUGUCAGGUAGUGCUGGGAAGUGCAGCAGGAGAACUCCCUGCCUGUGGAUCCCAGGGAGAGCACAGCAGUGCCAGGCCCUGCCUUGCCUCUGGUAAAUUCCAAAUAAAAGGCUUGUGGCUUAUCUCCUCCCAGCAAACCUUCCCUUGCCUGGGGUGGUGGUGGAAUUCUUGCCUGGUGAAAUCACCUCUUGGUGUCCCCAGAGGGAGCCAGGGUCCCAAAAUGUGAUGCAGACUGUACCUACUGCAGGCUGUGCAGGUGAUGCUGGCUAUCUGUGACUAAAGGUGUUCAACUGAGCCCCAGCAGCCUGUGCUUAGCUUUUGGGAAAGUGGGAGUGAAGAUAAUCGGGGCUCUGCUUCCCUGCCAGGUGUUCCCCAAACCGUUACCUGUGUUUGCUGUACACUAAAUACCUUCUCUGCUGACAGCAGGGGCUUCCAGCUGAUGUUACAGAAAUGCUCUUGAGUGCUGGAGACUCAGUUUUGGUGGUUUGGGAAUGGUUGUGCCAAAUUCUACAGUCUUCCUGCUCUCCAUUCAGAAGGGUUCAUAUAUUAGGGAAGGUCCCUCUGGAAGCUCAGAAGCUGUAACAGCAUUCUCCAGGUAAGACUGAAGUGAGGAGGCCUUUUUAGGGUUUGAUGUUGGAGGUUUUUUGACUAGGUCACCAAUAGUUUCUUUGCUGGCCUUUGAAAUUAAAAAAGCAGAACCCUGUGUCCUUGUUAAAUACUCCUGUUUUUUACCUGUUCACAGUCACACACCACGAACUGCAGAGCACCAGCCUGGGUUUUGUGUCUGUUUUCCAGCAUGGUUUGUCUCUGGCCCCUUCAGGUGUCUCUGCGUAGCUCCCACAGCCAUUUCUCAGUAGAAGUGGAUUAAAUGCCAUCAGCGUGUCUGGGCAAGCCUGGGCCUCACAAGAGUGUGUAGGAGGUCGUUUAAGGUCAGUCUUUGUGUCUGAAUGGAGGGGAGGAGAGUCUGUCACUCAGGGUGGAGUGAUCUGUUUCAGUAACAGUCAUGCUGCUGUCAGGGAUGUUCUCCUGUUGGAAAAUCCAUCCUGAAUGCUCUGCAAGGAUAAAAAUUGGCAGCUGUUGUACUUGCACUGACUCAGCACACAAUGCUGGCUGUCAGUGUGUAUUCAGCUUUCCCUCUGAGCAAAGUCUGUGUUGUACAGAGCAGAAACAGUCACUGCUGGGUUUUCCUGCAGCUCAUCCCAUCCUGGGUUUCCUUCACUCUCAGCAUUUUAUCUUGGUGUGGGAUCUUCUUAAGACUGGAAGUAUUUCUAUCCAGAUUAUUAUUUCUUUUAUUAUUGAUUAACUGUAGCACAGGACUUAGAGUUCUGGUUUAGUCUUCCUAAAGGAAAAAUAAAUUAAAAAACCUCUCAGCUGUCUGAGAGGUCCAAGGCUAUUAGCAGGGUUGUUUUGCAGCCUCUCAUGAUGGCCAGGGCCACCAAAGGCCAUGGAUCUGCCAGCUGGAGAACUGAUCCUUCCUGGGUCCCACUUUCCUGACACUGAGCCAAGCUGUGGAUUCUCAGGUUGGAAACAGAACAAAACUAAACACAAGCUGUCACCAGCAAUGGCCCUGCUGCUGUAUUUCACUUCUCUCUUCCAAAAACACUUCCAGGGAUGUGAGGCUGAUUGGACUGGCAUUCCCUGUGGCCACUUUAAACCACGGGGCUGCACUUACAGACCUUGUCCAAGGGCAAAGUUGUGCUUGUACUGAACAGGAAUGUGACAGGCCCAAAGUAUCUCUGGUUUUAAGCUACUUUGGAUAAAUAAUUGGUGUAAACAAUUAUAAAAAAGCGGGUUAUUGCUUAGAAAUCACCUGGGCCUUAAAGCUAAACUCAUUAUAGUUAGCUCCUCCUUCCUGCUGUUCUGUUCUUUCCCACCAGGUAACAUUUCUCCCGUGGGUGCCCUGGGAGUGGCUGGCACUGUGAGUCACACCUCAAAUGCAGCAGCUCGUGAUGGCCAGGCUGCUGCUCCUUCCAGAUGUGUUUUAGCAGGCACAUAAAGCUCACCUGCCACCAAAUGCACUUCCCAAGGAUCAUCCUUAAGCAGCUGUGCUGGUGGGAUCCAGGAUUCAGUUCUGAAACAGUCUAUAUGGUAAUAAAUGUGAAUUUAUGGAUGGAGGGGCCCAGCAGCCUUCCCUUCAUGUUCCACAUGCUGUGAACAUGAUGCACCUAACUUCCCUCUGCCUUCCCAAGGGAAUGACAGGGUGGCAGAGCUCCUGAAAUCCUUCCCCUGCCUGUGCAGUCUCACACCCCUGCACAGCUUCAGUAGUGACAGCACAGAAAAGCUGCUCUAAAAGCGGCAAAAAUACCAAAGCUUCAAAGCCAGGCUUGAAGUGGCUCUGCUGCCCCUGAUCCUCUCUGUCUCUACAAAUUCUGUUGGUUCUCCUGUGUUUCUCACACCUGGAAAUCCACAGUGCAGGAGGACUCAAACCUCAGCCAACCUCCCACUCCCAAACAGGAGUUUCCACUGGAAAUAUUUAUUCACACACACGUGGCUGGAGGUGCAGCAGCUGAGCUUCAGCAUGGUGACACCUCUCCAUGGCAAAACCUGUGCACUUGGGUAUUUCCAUCUGUGUCCCUGCAGCCACCUUGGGUUGGGUUAUUUUGUCUUAUCCAGGAUCCAGAAUGAACAUUGUUCCCAUCUUUUCUGUGCCUGUCCCUUCCUGCAGGUCAGGUGGUGGGUUAUUUGAGAGGUGUGAAUCACAGGAGGCUGGCAGAGUCCCAAAGGACACUUCGCUGUGCCCUUGGUGCUCUCCAUGGAAAAACCAAUCCCAAAUCCAACUCUUCCCACUUUUAAAGACUCUUCACCGUUUUUUUCCCCCUCUUCAGGAGAGUUUCACAACAUGCUAAGGAAUUACUUGAUUUUCUGUUUUUACUUCUGUGUUUCCUGGUUAUCUCCUGUUGGGAUAGGUGAGAUCCAGUUAGGUUUGCUCUUCCCUCCCAAAUUCCUUUUUACAGAACUGGUGCUGAAAAGUUCCUUCUGAGCCUUUAGCAAAGACCUCAGCAGCUGCUCUGCCCCUGUUAGAUGUUGCCUUACAGCUCAGCUCCACUCCUCAGCCACUGGAAUCCAAAGCCUGGACAGCAACAGAGCACUAGAUCCACUCCAAAACCCCGUGGCAAACCCUCAGCACUUGUGCUUGGCUUUCUUUUUUUUACUAUUUAUUGUGUAAGGAUAUGCUGAGUUAUCAGGAAUUAUGUGCCACGGGUGACCUUUCCAGCCACAUCCUGAGAAAAGAGUUGAACAGUGGGACAGUUUUGUGAGACUGGUACAACAGAACUCGAUUUCCCGUUACCCUAAAAGUUGGUUUGGGCUCUUUUUGGCACUUGCAGCUUGGGUAAAUUAGGGAGAUAAGCUCAGGAGAGCUGAGGGUUGGGAGUGAGUGACCAGCUCAGGUGUGUCUCUGUGCUAAUAUUUGGCACUGGGCGCUGCCUCACGUGUGCAGAGCAGCUCCUGUCACACAGCGUGCUGCCUUGCUAUUCCUGGGCUAAGGAAACUCAUCAACUUUUCGGGAAAACAGGAGGAGAACCAGACAAAUAGUGGGUCUGAUUAAAGUCUGCAGUAAAACUUGGAUCUCGGAGCCAGGAAUGCGAGUCCUGGCUGCCCAGAGACAUCAGACAAAGCUCUCCUCCCUAACAGAUGGAGCAGUUCCUUGUGUAAUCUCUCAGGUGGAUCCAGGCUGAAUUCUCAGGGAGUUUCUGAUCCAGACUGGUGGGAGGAUGUUCCCUCAGCAAAGGGAAUGCUGCAGGUUGGAAAUGGCACACGUGGCCAUUCCCGUCUCUGCCGGGAGCUCGGGAAGUCGUCUGUUCCCAACAGCCUGGGAUCAGCUCCCACAGCAGCUGAGGGACACAAAUCCUGGCAGGAAUUGUGAAAUACAAGUGGGGGCAAUGAAAAAAAUACUCAGAAAACCUCCCCUGUGACUUUCUCAGGAAAGCUGCUCCUUGGAGCAGCCUGGGAAAAACCGGGUUCAGAGCUCACCUGGAUCUUCCAUUAAAAGCACGGAUUUUUUUGGAGCAGUUUGGUUUGAGAGAGUGGUAAAGCUUUCCUUGUAGUAGAACUGGACUUUAUCUUCCAGAAAAGUCUUGGCAGAUGAAGUACUUGCUGCAACACAUGCUCCUUCUGAGUACAUUUAUGUGUGGAGCUUAUUAUUUUAGCUCACUGAGCACUGGUCCCUGUCUGUCUCUGCAGAGGAGGCUUUGCCAACUGAAACCCACUUCCCAACUGGGAAAUCUCAAUUUUUAACAUCUUAAAGACCCCUGUGUCCACCUGGCUCAGGCACAACUGAGCAAACACAUACAGGAGCAUGGCAGGUAUCCACUAAUCCUGCCUGUGCCAUAAAUCAGCAUCCAGUUGUCUCAGGGACCUCAAAAUCAGAUUUUUUGGGGUUGAACAUACAUUGCUGGAUGGAUAAAUUAUUACUCUUGGCAGAAACAAGGUCUUGCUGCCCAGGCAUUUAUGUUUGAGUGUCUUGGAGUCUGUUUUCUGUGCAGAAGCCAAGCUGCAGAGAACCUUGUGAGCUCUGUGAUUUACCCUGGCUCAUCACAGACAUUUUCCUAAAAAGGGCAAGAAAAGUCCUAAAGCAGAUGGUUUCUACUUCCCUAGAAAUUAAGCUCAUUAUUGUUUUCCAUCUUAAAAUUUCCAUUACGGGGGGAAAAGAGAAGAUUAGAAUUAUGGCUGAUGCCAGAAACAGGUUUUGGAGCAUAAGGUGUGAUUUCCAAAAUCCCUAAAUGCCUCAGUGCAGUCCUGCUGAAGAGUCCCUUGCUUAAUUCCAGCUGAAUGAACAGUCCAGCCUCGUUACCAUUAGCACAAAAAAGCUCUCCAGAAAGAUCAGAUCCUAGGAAUUUACUGUGUGCAAAUGCCAUCAUCACCAGAGCCAGGGGAGGAGAGGGGACUGGAUGAGGAAUUGCAGUUCUGUUUAUUAUCCAGCUGAAAUUACAUAUUUAAAAAUGCUUCCCAGGAAGUAGGAAGGUGCUACUGCUUUGUUUCAUAGAAGGAGAAUUGGUUCAAUAUCAGUGUAACCUCUUCACCAAAAUACAUAUUUAAAAUAAAUCCCUUCACAGGUACCUUCAAAUGCUGUAUUGCUCCCCGGGUGACAUUUACCCUAUCAAAGCAUCCUAGGACAAAAAUCUGUCUUGAACUCAAGUUUUGGGGCUGAGGUGAAGAAUUCCCAGCCCCUGCCCACCCCUGCUCUGCAAUCCUGACCUCUUCCUCUCAGGCACUCUGUUACACUGCAGGAACUCCCAGUGUAAGAAGUUCAAUGUGAAUAAAAAUGUCUGCACUCUACCUGA